CCGCAUCUUUGAUCUUUUGUAGAUGCCUCGUUUUUUAUUGGUUCAGCUGCUAUACAGAGUUGCGCAGAACAGAAUUUAAGAUUUAACGAUAAGGAGAUACAUAUGGCGCUUGCUAGAACACAGAGAGAAUGGGCGAUUCUUGUUGGUGAGUAUAAUAUUUGUAAAAAGAAGUUGCAAAGUAAACGAGAAGCAUUGAAGAUCAUCACCAAAGAAUGGGAGACAUCCAAAAAAGAGACUGAAAUAUAUAAAAAUAAAGUAAAUCAACUGCAACAAGAUCUGGACAAAUACGUCCAAGGUGAGAAGAAUGAAAAACAGCGGCUAGCUCAUUCUGAGCAACCAAAUUCACCAGAACGUGUGCAAAGUCCUGAUUUAGUCACCAGUCAUACUUCAAAGGACACUCUUACUCAGUUGAUAUAUGAAUACAAACAAGCAAACAAAGCACUGAGAUAUGAUUUCCAAGAACUGAAAAAACUUUACAUUGAGUCUCAGGAGGAUGUUCAGCUCAUGAGGGAUAGAAUGAGGCGUCAGUCAAGUUCCUCUAGUUCUCAUGGAGAUGAGGCAUCAGACACUGUCACUGAUGGAAAAGAGGAAUGCAUUCUACAGCUUGAAGAGUAUAAAGAACAGCUUGUCAAUCUGGAACAGGAAUUGAAAAGCGUAAAAGAUGAGAACAUUGACAUUGUAUCAGAGAGAGACUCCUAUAAGGAGAAAUGUGAAAGGUUAAACACACAACUCAACUAUAUCCUUGGUGCUGAUGACAGACGGCUGGUUGACAUUGAUGCUCUAGUUCUUGAUAACAAAUAUUUAAAAGAAAAGCUCGUAAUACUGGAAGAGGAACGAAGUCUUGAGAAGGAAUGCAUUCAGAAAUACGAGGCUGCAUUUGAGAAAAAGAAAAACAAAAUACUUCAUCAAAGGAAUGGAGGAAGACUGGCUUCCUAUUACUCUAAACACAGCCAUGAUCAUUCCGUGAAAACGGUCGCUGAUCUUAGAAACGUCGCGAAUAUUCUCUCGGAAACGAUUACAGAGAAGAACCUGGCGCUUUCGCAUCAAAAAAGCGCGAACAGAAUCCUCGGCAAGCGAGUCAGCGAGCUGGAAAACAAGUUGAAAACACUGGAGGUUGCAGGAUUGUGGUCUUUACCUGGCCAUCGAGGUUAUGGCUCGGUGAACUUGGCAAGCGAUGGUUUUGAGAUAAAUAAGAGUAGCUUGGAGGAUAACGGCUUUAAAAACACAGUUAGUAGAGUGAUUGGCCACCCUGAGGAUGAUGGAGGAGGCUCGCCACAAGGGAGAAUGGAAUCGAAUGAAAACUCAGUGUUAAUGAUAGUGAAUGAUAAUGAGGGAAUAGGUGACCCAAGUGAGAUCAACGGAAAUGUUUUAGAUACAAGUUGUUGUAGAAAUGAUGAAGAACAUUGCUCGUGUUUGGCGCCAAUGAACAAACUAUCACCGAGUAAUUUCAAUUGUGAUAUUUGCCGCUCGGACAGCGACACGCCUGAAAAACACCUGAAUAAUUUAAGGCUGCCGUGCCCUCGUUCGUUGUUGGAGGAACGUUGCUCGUCACCAGAGCCUGGCACGUCGUUUCUUUCCAACAGUCCAGUUUUGUCGGAAAAUUUCACGAAACGAAAACUUUCUCGCGUUUGUUCAGCUCCUUGUUUGACGAGAAGUUGGUCGUUGGAUGAAACUACAGAUUUUGAACCUUGAAACGGAAACAUUUUGAACCUUGAAACUAUUCAU